AUGUAUUGUGAUUCCGCAGCAGACGCAGCAGCAGCAGCUGCUGCUGCAGCAGACGCAGCGGCAGCUGACGCUGCAGCAGCAGCAGCAGCAGCAGCAACAGAAACCACCAAGAAGACGCUCCCAGAGAACGCAGCAGCAGCAGCAGCAGCAACAGCAACAGCAACAGCAGCAGCAGCAGCAACAACAACAACAGCAGCUUUUACAGCAGCAGAUGAUAUCUUAAUUAACAACGUUGAGCCCUUGCUGUGGCAGCUGCAGCAGCAGUUGCUGCUGCAGCAGCAGCAUGCAGCAGCUGCAGCAGCAGCAACCGAGGCGCUACAAAGUCUCUGCACCAUCAGCAGCAGCUGCAGCAGCAGCAGGAGCAGCAGCAGCAGAGACAGCAGCAGCACCCAGCGCGACGCUGCCGUUAAGCUGCAGCUGCUGCAGGAGGUCGCAGCAGCAGCAGCAACAGCAGCAGCAGCAGGAGAAAAGGAAGCAGCAGCAGCAGCUGCUGCUGCUGCUACAGCAAAAGCUGCUCGCCUUGCUUGGCUUUCACUGCCCUUUGCAGCAGAACUGCAGCAGCUGCUGCCGCAGCUGCGCCGCAAGCUGCAGCAGCAGCAGCAGCAGCAGCAGCAGCAGCAGCAACAGCAGCAGCAGCAGCAGCAGCAGCAGGGGGCCCUUCUAGUGGGGGCCCCCCUCCGGGGGGCCCCCCUGGUUGGUGGAGGGUAUGGGGUCAUGUACAGACAGGGUGGCUAUCUCCUCCCUUUUGAGGGUUUAGAUGCCCCCCAGCAAGCAGAGGGGGGCCCCCCCCCCCCUGGGGGCCCCCUGAAGAAGCGAUGCAAGCUACCAGCAGCAACAACAACAACAGCAGCAGCAGCAGCCGCUGCUGCUGCUGCUGCUGCUGCUGCUGCUGCUAGCCAGCAGCAAGAAGAACCGCAGCAUCUGCUGCUCAGCUGCUGCAUAUAUCCCAACAGCAGAACGCGUGUAUACACAAACAAAACAAACACACAAAAAAAUUUAAUUAAAACAACAACACCCGCUAAACAGCAGCAGCAGCAGCAGCAGCAGCAGCAGCAACAGCAGCAGCAGCAGCAGCAGCAGCAAGCAGUCUUAGCGAAGUAUAGUUGGACCCUCCCUGUAUCUGCCUUGAGAGAAGUUUCUGUAGAGAAGGGAAUAGAAGCAGCAGCAGCAGCAGCAGCAGCAGCAGCAGCUGCUGCUGCUGCUGCUGCUGCUAACCGCUGCAUAUGUCAGGGCCCCUGUAGCGGGACGAUUAAGGAAUAUACAAGGGUGCAACCAAACUUAAUCAGCAGCAGCAGCAGCAGCAGCAGCAGCAGCAGCAUAGCAUGGAGGCCCCCAAUGGGUACAGGCUCUGCCUUUCUUGGUUGUUAUGGGGUCCCCCCCUACGACACCCACCAGCAGCAGCAGCAGCAGCAGCAGCAGCAGCAGCAGCAGCAGCAGCAGCAGGUUGUUGCUUCUUUGCCUUUAAGCGUUUCUUCUUUUUAUCAAUAUAUGUUUGGUGGUGCAGCAGCAGCAUCUCCUUUUUUCUCUUUUCCUUCUCUUUCUGCUUCUCCUUCUGCUGCUGCAGCAGCAGCAGCAGCAGCAGCAGCAACAGGAACAACAACAACAGCAGCAGCAGCAGCAGCAGCAGCAGCAGCAGCAGGCAGUCUGCGGCAGCAGCAGCGCCUCUCGGAGCUGCCUUCUCCCCCCCCAGGCCACCCCCUUCCCUACAUUGUUUACUCUCCUAAACACCGCAGCAUCGUCGUACAUUUCUCUCUCCCUUCCUUGCAGCUAACCCAACAGCAGCAGCAGCAGCAGCAGCAGCAGCAGCAGCAGCAGCAGCAGAUACAGAUACAGCAGCAGUUACAGAUACAACAGCAGCAGCAGCAGCUCCAGCAGCAGCAGCAGCAGCAGAUUCAUCAAGAAGAAGCAGAUAAAGAACCUACCGAGCUCAAUCCAAGCGGAGACAAAAAAACAAAACCAGCACAACCAGCAGCAGCAGCAGCAGCAGCAGCAGCAGCAGCAGGAGCAGCAGCAGCAGGAGCAGCAGGAGAGCCAGAAGAGGAGGAGAGAAGAGCACCAAAAAAAAACAAAACCCCCUUUAUACGCAGCCUAUUCUCUCGUUCUUUUUAUACACCCACAGGCACCCUCUGCCGUCUCUUUAGCAGCAAACGAUACGGUAAGCAGCUCGCCCAGUCUAUGGCCCUUCAGUUUGUAUCUAAGCUGCAGCACGAGCUGCAGCAGCAGCAGCAGCAGCAGCAGCAGCAGCAGCAGCAGCAGCAGCAGCAGCAGCAGCAGAUAAAGAUGCUACCGAGCUCAAUCCAAGCAGCGACAAAAAAACAAAACCAGCACAACCACCAGCAGCAGCAGCAGCAGCAGCAGGAGCAGCAGCAGCAGCAGCAGGAGAGCCUGAAGAGGAGGAGAGAAGAGCACCAAAAAAAAACAAAACCCCCUUUAUACGCAGCCUAUUCUCUCGUUCACUAA